UCUUACCAAUACAGUGUGAUUCUGUUCUUACUAAUGAAAUGUCAAGUGCAUGAUGUUUUUAGAGGGUUGACAUGAUGGAAGACAUUUAUGUGGCAAACACCAUCUUUGCCAUCAACUUCUUCAAGCAUCUGGCAAAUACAAGCCCCACCCAGAACCUCUUCUUUUCCCCAUGGGGCAUAUCGUCUACCAUGGUCAUGGUCUACAUGGGGGCCAGAGGCAACACCGCAGACCAGAUGGCCAGGGUGCUCCAGUUUAACAACAUUGAGGCCCAGGAGGUCACCUCAAUGAGCCCAGAGAACAUCACCGGUUGUGAAUUCACACAGCAGAUCCAGAGAGUCACUUAUCCUGAUGCUAUUUUGAAGGCACAGGAGGAAGACACGAUCCACUCCGGCUUCAGCACUCUCAUCUCUGCCAUCAACACACCCACGGAGGGUUACAUGUUGGAAAGUGUCAAUAAGCUGUUCGGAGAGAAGUCUGCAAGAUUCAGGAAAGAAUACAUGCAGCUCUCUAAGAAAUAUUACUCUGCAGAACCCCAGGAGGUUGACUUCCUAGAAUGUGCUGAAGGAGCCAGAAAAAAGAUUAAUUUCUGGGUCGAGACACAAACCAAAGGUAAAAUUUCAAACUUGUUACCAGAAGGUUCCGUGGAUUCAGGGACCAAGAUGGUCCUGGUGAAUGCUGUGUACUUCAAAGGAAAAUGGAAAACUGCAUUUGAGAAGAAAUUAAAUGGGCUCUAUCCGUUCCGUGUGAACUCGACUCAGCAGAAGCCGGUACGGAUGAUGUACUUGCGUGAGACGCUGAACAUUGGGUACAUAGAGGACCUAAAGGCUCAGAUUCUGGAGCUCCCUUACGCUGGAGAUGUCAGCAUGUUCCUGCUGCUUCCAGAUGGAAUUGCGAAUGUGUCAACUGGCUUGGAGUCGCUGGAACGUGAAAUAACGUAUGACAAACUCAACACGUGGACCAGCAAGGACAGGAUGGCCGAGGAUGACGUUGAGGUCUACCUCCCACAGUUCAGAUUAGAAGAGCAGUAUGAACUCAAGCCCAUUCUCAGAAGCAUGGGCAUGAACGAUGCCUUCGUCAAGGGCCAGGCCAAUUUCUUGGGAAUGUCAGAAGAGGAUGACCUAUUUCUGUCCGAAGUGUUUCAUCAAGCCACCGUGGAUGUCAACGAGGAGGGCACUGAAGCAACUGCUGGCACCGGGGCCAUCAUCUCAGGGAGAACUGGCCACGGAGGCCCACAGUUUGUGGCGGAUCAUCCUUUCCUUUUCUUUAUAAUGCACAAACCGACCAGGACCAUCCUCUUCUUCGGCAGAUUCGCCUCACCGUAAAGUUGGAAGGUUCUGUUUUUAUACAGGAUUUUGCAGUGGGAGCUAUAAGCCUCAGAAUUGCUAUUAGCACCAACAACUUAGGGACUUUUUCUAUGUAUUCUGUCUUCCUCAACAGCCUACACUAUGCACUAUACAGAAAUAGCCAGACAGCUGUCAAUCAUAACAUUAUACCCCUAUUAAUUAUCUGGUCUCCUAAAAUGGGAACUUGUAUUAUUUAGUACUCCCUCUUAGUUUAUCUUAUAGCACUAAGUGCUGUUGUAUUAUUUAUUAUUUUAUAUAGUUUUUUUUUUAUUAUUGCUAAUAGUCUAUUUAAUGUGAUUGAGAGAGACAGGUGAUUGGUUGUUUCUUUCUAAGGAAGUGCAUUUAUUUGUUUUAAUGAGGAAGGAUAUUUAGGUGUUUUUCUAUCCCCUUAUAAGAUAAAAACCCAGAAAAAAAACAUUGAACAAUAAACAAAUAUAUAUCAUGUAAAUUUAUAACA